UUUAUAUCAAUUCUUCGUCAACUUGUCAUUAUAUAUCAUAAUCUUAGUAAACAUCAACCCAAGGCAUCAUCGCAAAAUUCACAUCACCGACAACAUGAUUUCUUCGAGGUUUAUCCAACUCGUGGCAAUCGUCUUUUGCGCAUACGCCUGUCUAGACAUCCAAGCUCAAGCUGUUACAGGACCUUCAAAACCCAGCCAGCCCUCUUCGAACGCUCCGCCACAUUUAGGAAUGACUGGCGACAACAAGACGAACAACCCCAAUGGACUCCACACUGCUCCCAGGCAGAGUCAAGCUCCCUCGGUGCCUUCCAGUGGUGCCAAACAGCCAGCCCAAAACCCUUCAAAAACGAUGAACCAUUCCCAGACGAAGACCGCCGAGAUGGCCAAGCCCACCACCGGCUUGGAAGACGCGAAACCCGUCGGGCCUGGGCCAGUUGGCACGGAGAAAGCCGAGAGCGGUGAGGAAAAAAUUCCAGCUGGAGCCGAAGGACUCACGAAACGAGGAGGCCUUAGAGAUGUGCUCUGGAAACGAGGUGAUCUGCCAAGCAUUCAAGGCAUCGGAAAAAAACCAACUUCGCUCAAGGAACACAACCCGACGAAGAAACCUGAUGAAGGUCCGGGAACAAACACUGGCGGAGGGAAAACGGCCACAGGGCAAUCGACGAUGGCGAGAGAAUCGAGUGGUUAUGUUGCUGGAAGCUCAGCUCCCGACGCAGGAAAGAACAAAUCAGGAAGAAACAAACUCAUGCUCAAUGGCGGCAGCGGUAGUAGUGAGCCUUCCGAUACAAGCCCUUCAAGUGAAGGGAACGCAGAAAAGAACAAGCAGGGCGGAGUGCAUGCCAGUCUUAACGAGCGAGACGGAGAAUCUAUCCAACACCUCCUUCGGAAACGACAGGACGCUGGCUUCUACAAGACCAAGUUCAAGGCGCCCAAGCUUGGUGGUGGUACUACGAGUGGGGUUGCUGUUGGGACCUUCGGUGGGCCACCGGUUCCCAUCAACGGUGUCAUGGGCCCCACUGGACCAAUACCUCUGCCGACUGCGAUCGUGCCAGUAACUCCAGUUGGCGGCAACGGGAUGGGCGGCAUGCCCCCCAUGCUUGGUGGAGGUUACUUUUAA